CGUCGAGUGGUUUACAGGCAGUGGUUGACAGAUACUGCUUUAGCUUAUUGCUUGGGGGUACAGUGUGUUCGGCGGACGGACAUCAAUGUUGCACGGGCUGAUUGUGCACAGCACCCCGUAGAAUGUGUGCAGUAAAGCGUGACGAGAGCUUGUGAGAUAGGUAAUCCGUCCUGGCAGACUGGAGACAGACUAGCCCACGUACGGCUACAAGCACAUGUCGUCUAUGAUGCAAGGCCGUCCAUCCCCUGGCCACGAAACCUUGGCUAGACGCUGCACCACCAAGUUACUUCAUCUCGGAGCCGAAGGCCCCAGCAUGGCGGACUAUUUGAUAUCAGGAGGGACAGGUUACGUGCCGGACGAUGGACAGACUGGUGCACAACUCUUUGGCUACGGGGAUGGACUAACUUAUGAUGAUUUCUUGAUAUUACCAGGGUUUAUAGACUUCACUGCAGAGGAAGUGGAUCUCACAUCGGCAUUAACAAAGAAGAUAACAUUAAAAGGACCAGUGGUAUCGUCACCAAUGGACACAGUGACAGAGUCCCAAAUGGCCAUAGGAAUGGCGUUGUGUGGGGGCAUUGGGAUUAUUCACCAUAAUUGUACACCAGAGUUUCAGGCAAAUGAAGUGAGGAAAGUAAAGAAAUAUGAGCAAGGGUUUAUUGUGGAUCCAGUAGUUAUGUCACCACAGCACACAGUCCAUGACGUGUUUGAAUCAAAAAAACGCUAUGGUUUUUCUGGGAUCCCUGUAACUGAAAAUGGCAAAUUAGGUGGCCGUCUGGUCGGCCUUGUUACCCAAAGAGACAUCGACUUCCUUACGAGGGACCAAUAUGGCACACCAUUGGCAGAGGUAAUGACGAAGAGAGAAGAUCUGGUUGUGGCUCACCAUAAAGUAGAUUUAAAAGAAGCUCAACAAAUCCUACAGAAAAGUAAAAAGGGUAAACUACCUAUAAUUAAUGACAAUGGAGAGCUAGAAGCAUUGAUAGCCAGGACUGAUAUCAAGAAGGGCAGAGAAUUUCCAUUGGCAUCAAAAGAUGAAAGGAAGCAGCUGCUAGUGGGUGCAGCCAUUGGAACACACGAGGAAGACAAAAGGAGAUUAGAUUUGCUGUACAGUGCUGGGGUUGAUGUUGUUGUUCUGGUUCGUGAAAACUUUGCAGACUCAUCCCAAGGCAAUUCAGUGUUUCAGAUAGAUUUAAUCCGCUAUAUUCGCCAAAAAUAUCCAGAUCUUCAAGUUGUAGGAGGCAAUGUUGUUACAGCCGCUCAAGCCAAGAAUCUCAUUGAUGCUGGAGCUGAUGCACUGAGGGUAGGGAUGGGCUCGGGCUCUAUUUGUAUCACACAGGAAGUGAUGGCCGUGGGUCGGCCGCAGGGGACGGCUGUGUACAAAGUGGCCGAAUAUGCUCGAAGAUUUGGUGUUCCUGUGAUAGCAGAUGGGGGAAUCUCUUCUGUGGGGCAUACAAUUAAAGCCUUGUCCCUUGGUGCCUCAACUGUGAUGAUGGGUUCGUUGCUGGCAGGUACGACAGAGGCCCCAGGCGAGUAUUUCUUUGCUGAUGGAGUGAGAUUGAAAAAGUACAGGGGUAUGGGAUCACUGGAUGCUAUGGAAGCACACAAAGGCAGUCAAAGUCGGUAUUUUACAGAAAGUGACAAGAUAAAAGUUGCUCAGGGGGUGUCCGGGUCUAUUGUUGAUAAAGGCUCCAUACAUAAGUUUGUUCCCUACCUGAUAGCUGGAAUUCAACAUGGCUGCCAAGAUAUCGGUGCAAAGAGCCUGUCAAUUCUCAGAUCAAUGAUGUACUCUGGAGAGCUGAAGUUUGAACGUCGCACAGUGUCGGCUCAGAUGGAAGGGGGAGUGCAUAGUCUUCAUUCGUUUGAGAAAAGACUAUAUUAACAACGAACAAAGAUCACACUUGAGGUUGAUGUGAAGCAGAAGAACCUGUUAACAUGCAAUCCCAUUUAAGUUAUUUAGGCAGCCAUUCCACACCAUGGAAAGACUUGCUAUGGAUGGCAGAGCAGAAUGAUGGAGGGAGGCAUCUUUAUGGGGCUCAUACUGAAUAAUCAGGGACAUACCUAGGGAACAUAUUAACUCAUUAUAAGGCUGGAAGAUGUGGUCAGCUCAGAAACAAUUUCUGACUUUUUGAAAGCUUCUGUCGUGAUGCGUGGGUGUACCUGUGUUACUUUGUAUGCAAAUUUCACAUUAUUUUCACCUGACCUAGCCCCUCACGCUGUAAUUCUCCUUCACUUCAGUGCUGUGUGUUAAAAAAACAAGCUUUUACCUACACUAUUUGCCUCCACAUAUCUCUGUUGUAUGGUUAGAGGUUAUGGCAGUAGCCCUUCUAGGCUUUCUAGUCAGCAGUGGUUGUGAAGUGGGAAGUUUUAGAUGUACUAGGGAUUGACUGAAUUUAAUUGUUUAUCAAUUUGAUAUUAGGGAAUGUAGAGAUGUCAAGGAGUGCCUUUAUGUGGGACUGCAAUUUACAGCAGGCAGGUGAGCAGUCAGUGGUCUUUAUUUAAUAAUCACUGUUAAUUUGAUGAAAGCAGACUAAUUUACUUGAAACUUACUCCUGUCGGAAGAGAUGCACUUAACAUGGGCCCUCUCUUUGAUGUGUGAGAAAACUGUUACCUAUAAUGAAAAUGGCUGUGCUUGUUGUGUCUAUAUAGAAACUUACACCUGGUGGCCAUUGGGGGACACCUUGUGGGUUUAUCUGAACUUUGUUGUAUCAUAUACACUGAACACAUUAGGGUAUCAGUCUAGGGCCUUUGGUACACUACAUGAUUAUAGCUUCAAACAUACAGUACGCUACAGUGGUGGUAUGUGGUGAAUGUUUUUCAUCAGGACAUGAGCCGUGCAUGUCCUAUGUGUAGUGGAGUACAUAUUAACAGCUUCUUAAUUAUUAGGUUUGGCUUUGGCAAAUUGCUUUAAUGGAUCCAGUCGACACACUUUUAACAAAUGGUACAAUGUACGUCUUUCUUAUACAUGACCAUUUUAUUAAGUACCACUUUACACAUUUUCCUGUUUUUCAAUGUUUAAAGUCUGAAACAGUUUCAUUUAUUUUCUUGUUAUUUGUUGUGUAAAUGUUAAAUAUAGGCAGGGUCUUUUUCACGUAUUGAAUUUCUCUCAGGUUUUUGUUAAGACCAGAAACAGACCUGCAGUUAAAUUGUGGAUGUUUAGCUCUCGUUACUAAUGAAAACGAAAAUAUGUCAUGAUGAACUCAUCAUACAUUUCUUGUGUUGUUUUUUGGUUUGUUUUUGUGCUGUUAUGUACAAAUUUAUUGAUGCUGUUCAAGUUCAAACUAGAAGACGGGAGUCUUUUAAUCUGUUAUGAGAUCACAAUUUAUAAACAGUCCACAUCCACAUCCACAUGUACAAAAAUGGCAACUAUGCCACAUCGCAUUUUCCUGCUCAAGUACAGGUAUUACUUGAAUGUAGAGUCAUGACCCUUUGAUAUGGGUAUUAAAAUGAUUGUAUGACAAUAAAUGAAAUUAAAAUUUGUGUAUAAGAAUGCUUUUAUUUUUGUUUUUAUGUGAAGUCUCAGUAGUAAAUUGGAAGUGUUACAUCAUUCAUUAUACAUUUUGUGAAUACUUAAAGAAAAGAAAGUGUUGUAAAUACCCACCGGUGAAUGCAAGUGAUGGGUGAAUUGGUAAAAAAAAUAGGAAAGUCUUAUAUAAGGUGCAGCGAAUUAAAUGUUGGCGCUCGUGAAUUAUCUAUACUCUACUGUGGAUCAAGUAAAUAUUGUGUACUUAGUGUUUAGAUAACAGCCGGUUCAUGGACACAAUAUUGUGUACUUAGUGUUUAGAUAACAGCCGGUUCAUGGACACGCACUUCCCUAUCAAGUCUACAUGGAAGUUUCCGAGAACAGUCAGGCACUCUGUACCCUGUACCAAAACUGUCCCUCUACCAGCAGUAAUAUGUUUCUUAUCGUAAGAUUAAAUCGUUAUUAACCAAACAAACGCAAAUGGUUAAGGUACAGAAUUACACAUAUACAUGUGAAAAACCGCUUUUGUGACAUGUCUUUCAGUGCUUCUCUGUAGAUCAUGCAUAUACGUGCAUAUGUAUUAUUUCUCCCAGUGCCAUGAGAAAUCUUCAGACUGAAAACAAACUGAUCAGUUGUUCCCAUUAAUUUGAUAAUUCACG